CCGGUGUCAUACCGAAAUCGUUUUCGCAGAAAGUGGUGACUUGGCUCCUAGACUCUGUAAACGCCGGUCGCAGAGUGUCUUCUCCAGUGCUCGAACAAGAGGGAGUUAAAAAGAGAUAUAAUACCAAAUAGAAGAAAAAAAAAGUUGUCCAAAGAAUAUUGAAAAGGCUCGGCUUCCCACUAACUAGUCUGUCACCAGAAGAGCAGAAAGGAAUCAACCUCGAAGGGAAUACGACGAGCUCUCAGCAGCAGCAGCGCCAGCGAACGGAAGUGUUUUUCCGGAAAGUUUUCGUUUUACGCGAAAUUAAUAAAAGUUAUUCGAUUGAUAGGAAGUAAAAAAAAAGAUCUCGUUCAAGUUUAUUAUCCAACCAAAGAGCGUACAUUGUUCGCCAGUUUGAUUUUCCAAAUUGCAUGAAAAGUGAUUAUUAAGUUUCGCGUUUUUCCACAUACAAAAAGAGAUAUUCCGUGAAAUCGUCCUUUUAAAAGUGACACGUCCAAAUUUGACGUCUAAAGAUUGUCCAAUAAAUUUACAAAAUAGAAAAAAAAAGUCGUGGAAAAGGGAAAAAUUUCAUUGAUCUGUCUGUGAGUGUCGAAAGACGAAAAACGACGACGAAGAACACGCAGAAGAAGUAUCAGCAGUGGAAAAGUUUCCUUCUGUGUGUGUUGUGCAGCCUACUACGACGACGACAGUCGUUGGAAAAUUGUGGUGUGAAGCGAAGAGCACAGAGAGCGGCGCUCGCGAGUGAGAGUUUGUGAGCGAUUUUCCGAGAGCGAGCGCAGCGCACCGAAAGGACCUACCGAAAAGGGAACAAUACAGGAAGAGGUUGAAGACCCGCUUUUCCAAGAAGGUUCUCUCGUUGUUGUUGUUGUGACGGAAAAGCAAGAGCAUUCGAGUGUUGAAGAGAGAGGGAGAGAGAGUAAGCCACGAGGCUAGUGUGUUAGUGAAUUUCCACACGCUCUGAGGUCGAUUCUGACAGGACCUGAAGGCAUACACAGCACGGGUGCGGCCAUAAUACUUGGCCACUGACACACUCUCACGCGGAAAAAGGACCAUCCGGUUUUUUGCCUGUUCCGUCGACCGACAAUAUCGUGUGAAGGUCCGACCAGACAGCAACAGCUCCGAGAGCUUUCUGGAAAUCAGAACCCAGUGUCCGUGUGAGUGAGUGUGAAGAGUUCAAAAGAAGGCCAAAGGUUAAGAGUGUCGUUCCGUUGCAAACUGUCCAACCUGUCCACCGGUGCGAUGUCUGCGGGGGACCAGAGUAGCCCGCUGGAGUUGAACGGGGGUUCCGGGGCGGUGGCCACCGGAGGUGGCGAAGGUCUCAACGGCAAUGCCACCGAGAACGGCCUCAACGGUGCCCCCGGGGAAGGUGCCACCAUGAACGGCGGAGGUGGUGGUGGCGGCGAUGGCGGCACGGUCAGUCCCGGUGGUGGGGCCGGCGAUGUCAGUGAGGAGGCCGGAACCGGCGCCGGUGAUCCGGUGAUGGCACUGGAUGCGGGCUGCUCGGACGGGCCGCCCAGCAUCAUCGGCGUCGGGCCACCGAGUCCGCUGACCGGGUGCUACCUGCUGAUCAUCGUCGGUGAGCCGCACUCGCAGGACCACAAAGAUAUCAUCCUGCAGCGGCUGAUCAAAGGCUUCCUGUCAUGGGACGUGUCGGACUGUCACGUCGACCUGGAGGAGGAACUGCAUACCAUCACGCUGCAGGCCCUCGAGGGCGAGGAAGGCAAGCACGGCGAACGGUUGAUCCAGUACGCGAGCGAGAAUCUCGUCACGGAGAUUCUGAUCCAUCCGCAGAUCAACACCUUCAUCCAGUGCAUACGGAACCUGUUGAGCAGCUUCACCCGGCACCGCCACAUCAUCCACACCGGGUACACCUUCGCCGGCAACGGUUCCUGGGUGCUGCAGGAUGGAACCUUCUCGGUGGUGGACUUUCUCGAGGCGUUCCAGGAGCACGAGGUUCAGCGGGUGCUGCGCGCCUACCCGGACACCAUCACGAUGGACGUGCACUGCGCCCCCGUCGGCAACUGGGUCUCGAUCCAGGACAAGACAUUGGCCCGGCUCUGCCGCGUCCGGCUCAACCCGGUGGACGUGCUGAGUUCGGGCAGCGACAAGUUGAAUGCAUUCGUGGACUACCUGGCGUCGAUGAUCGUGCCGACGGAGAUAUCCGAGCUGCUGGAGAGUUCCGACGUCGUUGGAAACAUCCGCUUUAGCCACCCCACGCUGUACGUCUUCCCGGGCGGGCAGGGCGACGCCGCGCUGUUCGGAAUCAACGGGUUCAACAUGUUGGUUGACGGCGGUUUCAGCAGAAAGUCCUGCUUCUGGGACUUUGUGCGCCACCUGGACCGGCUGGACGCGGUGCUGAUGACCCGCAUCAACAACACCAACAUCAAGGGCAUAUCGGCCGUGGUUGAGCGCAAGCACGAAGCCCACGUCUAUCCGCAGAUUGGCCAUUUCUUCACCAACAUCCCCGAACGCAAGGGACUGCUCAGCCCCGACGGCGACAAAGAUCGCGAUCCUCUGCUGGUGGAUCUGAUCGAGGAAGGUCACCAGAUCGUGACCAACCUCAAGUCGCUGAACUUGAAAGCACAAAACUGCUACCGCGAUGCCGACCCCAUCAAUCUGUACCACAAGGUUGGCCACGGCACCCUGGACAUGUACGUCAUCAGCCCAGCAAAGGACUCCAAGGAGGUCAAGGAGUUCCUGGCCAAGUGGCACGCGGCCGAUCCGAAGCUCUUCUCGCCAAAGGAUUCCAAAGAGUUUACAUUCCCAAUGCAGAACAUAAUCUCCAUCUGCGCACUGCUAGUCUGGACUCCAGCCAAUCCGGAAGACAACAUUACAAGAAUCCUGUUCCCGGGUUCGGCACCCGAGUACAAAAUCCUCGAGGGACUGGAGAAAAUGAAGAGCGUCGAGUUUAUGCGCCAUCCGGUGUGCACCGUCAAGUCGAUCGCACCAAGCAUCUCAACGCAAACGUUCACCAAGAAAUCACUGAAGUCAUCAUCCAUCGACAAAAUCAUUCCCGAGCCAAUCCUGCCGUCCAAAGCAACGAAAUCAUUGGAAAAGGAUAAUAGAAACAUAGACAACAAACUCAAGAUGAUCGACAACAAGCUGGUCGACUCGGCCAAGAGCUCGUCGGACAUCAUGGACAGCUCCGCCGACGAAGCCAAGCUGGAGAAGCAACUGACCAAGUCAUCCGUUGCGACCGUCGCCACCGCCAAGGUCAUGUCCAAAACGGUCAAGUCCAAAUCGUCAACCGAAUCGACGACCAAAAAGGUCGACAACAAGCUAAUCGAAACCAAGAAGAUCGAGUCCGAGGAGAAGAAGGACUCCGCUUCGGACGCCGGCUCUGAAAAGGACGAAACUGAAAAGAAGGCUUCCACAGAAGAAGCGGAGAAGAAACCCGAAGAAGACAAGAAGGAAGACACUGCAAUUAUUAAGGAGGAAACCAAGUCCACCAAAAAGAUCGGCGACCGAGUCAGCAGACCGGCCACGGCUCGUUCGCGGGUGGACACCAAACCACCCAAACCAACCACAAAGACCAUCAAGAAGAAGGAUGAAACCACCAAAUCAUCCCCGACCACACCGAAAAAGACCGCCGAGCCGAAGCUUACCAACGGUGUUUCGAAGGACGACGACGCUAAGAAGGCAACUGGUCCACCGAAGACAACCAAACCCGCAAGCACCAAGCCCGGCAAGGCAAGCCCGAAAAGCACUCCGGCCAAGAGCGCCAAGGAUGCCAAUAACCGCAAAGUGCUAGAAGCUCGUCAACGCCCGGCUCCGAAAGCCGCUGCCAAGAAGGAACCAGCUGAAAAGAAAGAAGCCCCUCCGAAGGUCGAGCGCAAGCCAAUUUCCCGUCGACCUAAGGGACCCGCUUCGGCAGCCGCCGUCGGCGGCAGUCCCGUAAAGGCCAAGAAGGUCCUCAAGUCGGAAAAGGACGCCGUCAUCCGCAAGGCCAAGCUCGACAAGAACGGAACCACCGACUCCAGUCUGGUGUCCACACCUAGUGCGGACGAAGCCGGCGUAGCCGUUCAGAAGCGCAUCGUCGAUUCAGUCACGCUAGCUGGCACCUCUUCCGCCGCAAGCUCCACCGAUAUCGACCCAAUCCAGCAGCAACAGCUCGCCGAGCUCAAGGAAGAACAGGAAGCGGUUCGCGAGAUUGAAGCCGUCUUCAACAAGGGCAAGGUAACGCGCCGCGAGGUGCUGUCGGAGCAUCGCGAAAUCCAGGACAGCACCACCGAGCCGGAAGAAGAAGACGAGUACCUGAUCAUCGAAAAGGAGGAGCAGUACACGGAGGACUCGAUCAAUGAACCGGAAAGCAGCGCGACGAAGGAGGAAGAAAUUCAGAAACAUCAGCGAGACUCGCAGGAAUCGGAGAAGCGCAAGCGGGAGAGUCUUGAGGACGAGAAGGAGGAGAAGGCCGACGUUGGGAAGACGGACGAUGAAGCUGCUGAUGGUGCUGCUGCGGCAGUGGUUGAAUUGAUUGAGGGUGAAAAGGAUGAAGCAGAGGAAGAAGAACCCAAACCGGAAGAUAAGGAGUCAGAAGAGGAGAAGGUUGAUGCUGAGGAAUCAAAGGAACCGGAGAAGAUGUCUCCAAAGCACAAGCAUGAGCUCGAGGAGGAAGUUCAGGAGAUUAUUGCUUCGGCUAAGGAAAUCGCCAAGUCCAAGAUGGAAACGUCGAUGGACGGGCUGAAAACCGAAGAGAUGUCUUCCAUAAGCCCGGACGACAAAAUCAGCAGCACAAAGAAGACCAGCGACACGCGGGAUGAGAACGAGCCCGAACCGGUCGUCAAGGGCCACAUCGAACCGCCACACGAGAGCCACCACGAAGAACGCGUUUCGGCAACGGGCGAAUCUGGUGCCACCACGACCGCUCCAACACUUCCAGAAGACGAACGCAUUCCGCUGGAUGAAAUCAAGGAAGAUCUCGUCAUCGAGGAGAAGCACGUCAAGGAGGAAACCAAAGAAGUUGAAGUGGCGCCACCACCACCGACCGUAUACGAACCGCUGGAACGGCCAACACCGGCCAAAAUGCACUUCAACGCCCAGCAGCCGCACAUGCGGGACGUCGUCAAAACACCGGACGAGGUUGCCGAUUUGCCAGUGCACGAGGAGGCUGACUUUGAAGAGUACGGCGAGGACAAGGACAAGGACGACGAAAAGGAGCGUGACACCAAGGAAAAGCCAGUAACAGCAACAACAGCUGCAGCCGAGUCUGCUGCACCAGCAGCCAAGAAAGAGACUGAAGAGAAGCAACCAGAGAAGACUGAAAAAGUAACGACGGACAAAUCAGCCGAGAGUGAUAAGCUAUGUGAUACGGUAAAAGAUGCACAGGAAGUGCAGGAGGUCAUCGAGAAGAUCGAAAAGGACACCAAGGUGGAGAAGCCACCCAAGCUGGAGCCCCAAACUUCACCGGCAAAGGAAGCAGCGGUGGAUGAAGCGGCUGUUUUGAAAGAUUUGGAAUCGCAAAUCAUUUCAAAGGAGCCGGAAGUGAAAGCGGAGAAAACAGUUGCCUCAACAGUGGCAGCGCCCGUCGAACAAUUGGAAGACGACGACGAGGACGACAAGAAAUCAGUCCACGAAGAGGUGAUUGUGCCGACGAAGGUUGACCCGAAGGUACCCGCUCCUUCCGUUCUGGAUGAAAUUUGGGCAGCUCCAGAUAAGGCGGAGGAGAAGCUCGAAGAACUCAAGCAGAUCAUUGAUGGUGAAGCUAAGAAGACUACAUCGGAGUUGGUCGCCAUCAAGGAUGAAAUGGUGAAGGAGAUUGUCGAGCGCAAGGAGGAGGUGAUUGACGUGGUGAAGGCGGAAGUUGCCGAUGUUGAUCAAAAGAUCACGGAAACCGUAACCGAGUUGGGGAAGUCGGUAGAUCAAGCUGCCGGUGAGCUUUUGGAAGGUCUAACUACGAAAGCCGAUGCAGUGAGUGCUGACUUGCAGCAGAAAGCUCAACAGCUGGACGACAAGGUUGCGGCGAACGUGGAUGUUGUGAAAACAGAGGUUGAGAAGGCAGCUGCCAAGGCCGAUGAAGUUUUGACUACAAUCGCCGCUGAAAAGAAGGAAAUUGAACAACUAGCCAAGGACAUUAAGGAAGAAGUAGCCGAGAAGCUUGUGGAGACGAAGCAACAACUGGAAGACGAGUUGAACAAAACCUUGGAGAAAACAACUGAUAAAGCCAAAGGCGGAAUAAGCUCGUUCUUUGGUGGAAUUGCCGAUGGAAUCAAAUCUGAAAUUGAAAAGAUUGCCGACAAGAUGGAGACAAAGAUCAAGGAUAAGACUGAUCAGGUUGAAACCAAGCUACAAAAGGUGACCGAAAAGAUUGAAGAGUUGAACGGAAAGCAAGCCGAAGAGGAAGUUUCACAACCUGCGGAGCCAGAGCAGACAGGCUUUGAUGCACCGUUUGGCUACGAACGUACUUUUACACAAGAACUUCGCGAGACUCACAUCACCACGCUGGACUCGCCGGUAAGCGAAGCGGACAAGAUGGCCGAGCUCAAAUCGGCGGUCAGCAUUCCGCAGCACAUUGAUGAGGACAAGGAACUCGAAGAAAUCGAAACACAGAACAUGAGCGGUUCGUACAUGAUUGAGGAGGUAAAGUACUCUUCCUUUGAAGACGCCAACCUUCGUGACAUCAAGGAAGAGGAAGAGGAGGAUCGUACCUCGCCACCACAAAAGGAUGAGAAGAAAUCGUUCACACCAAAGUUGGAACCCGCUGUUCAACCGACUCGGUCAAGAACACCAGAGGACGUUGCCAAAAUAGUGGCCAACGUUGCCGAAGUUCUCAAGUCGGACAAAGACAUUACGGAAAUUAUUCCCGGCUUUGAUCCAAAGGAGCUCGAACGCAAGCUUUCGCAGGGAACGGCUCGCGAAGAAGACGUCAGCACCGUUCAGCGCAUGUUGGUCACCGCUAGCAGCGAAGACGGAGGUGAGGAGACUGUUAUUUGUCCACCCGGAACCAUCACAUUCUCAAAGGCGACCACGCCAGAACCACCAACAUCAGGCAAGACAACACCCGAAAUCAAGGUUGACGAAGAGUCCGAAGCGAAGCCUGAGAAACCCUCACUUCCAGAAGUGAAGCCGGACGGAAAGACCAGCCCGACUUCUUCAGGCAAGUCAUCUCCGGAUCUCAAAACUUCUCCAACAUCCAUCGAAGAGAAGGACAAGCACGAACUGCCGGAAAAGAGCGCUGAUGCAAAGAAAACUCCCGAGAAGAAAAUCAUCGAGGAGCGCAAAGAAUCGAUCGCCGAUCAGUACGACCGCAUCGAUGACUCGCGACGCGAGUCGGCCAUCAGCACGUUCAGCGAGCGAGACUACACCAAGGACGAAAGCUCGUUCGUUGACGAGCGCGACUCGUCCCGAGCGCAUUCGAUCUCAAGCCACAUCAGCGAUCUGAAGGAGGAUGCCGCGGAUGUCAAGUCGGUCGCCGAGUUCCUCAAAGAGACCGAUGAGAAGCAAGAUGAAGUUGGUAAAGCGACGACGAAGAAAGCAGACGAGCUGUCGAGUCCGGAUUCCGUUACGAGCCAGAAAACAGUCUCGGAAAAGUCUGUCGCAGAUAAGCCGCUGACUGACGAUGACAAGGCAGCUUCGAAGCCGGAGUCUGUAGCAGACGAGAAAACGACUUCCAUCGAAGCCAAGCUUGAAGCCGAAAAGGAAGCUUCUAGACCUGCUUCAGCGGCAAGCGAGAAAGCUCCAUCGGAGAAGUCAGUUGAGAAAGAAGCUGCGACUGAGAAGUCACCCACUGCGGAAGCAAGCAAGGAACCUUCCAGACCAGAGUCUGCCGCGAGUCACGUAAGCGAGAAAGCUGCUUCCGAAAAGAUAGACGUCAAGGAGGCUUCUCGUCCCGAAUCUGUUGCCAGUCAUGUAAGCGAGAAGGCUGCUUCUGAAAAGUCUGCAACGCUAGAGAAACCAGAAGAAUCUUCUCGACCUGCGUCAGCAGCAAGCCAAGCAAGCGAAAAGGCAGCAUCUGAAAAAGCUGAAGCAAAAGAAGCUUCGCGUUCGGAAUCCGUAGCUAGUCAUGUCAGCGAGAAGGCUGCUUCGGAAAAGUCUGUGAGCGAAAAGGCGGCUGUAGAGCAAGCGGAGUCGAAGACCGAUGAACCAUCUCGUCCGGAAUCGGCCGCUUCGCAUGUGAGUGAAAAAGCCGUCGAAUCAAAGCUUACAACUGAACAACAGUCUCGCCCAGACUCGGCCGCUUCACAUGUAUCCGAGAAGGAAACAGCACCUAAGGAACCAUCCCGACCGGAGUCUGCUGCUUCGCAGGUAGCUGAAAAGGUGGACGUAAAAGUUUCCCGACCAGAGUCCGCUGCAAGUCACGUCAGUGAAAAGACAUCAGCGGACAAGCUGUCCGAACCGAAGGAAGCGUCCAGACCGGCAUCCGCUCUGAGCGACAAAGCUGCAUCGGACAAGUCGGCGGAGUCUGGAAAAGUUGAAGCUGACAAGGACGUGAAGGAAGCUUCCCGCCCGGAAUCGGCAGCCAGUGUCGUUGGCGACAAGGAGGAGAAGGAACCAUCCCGACCGGUUUCGGCUGCUCCUUCGGAGAAGCUUGAUGUCAAGGAAGCUUCCCGUCCGGAAUCUGCCGCGAGCCACACUAGUGAGAAGGAUGAUGCGUUGGUCGCGAUUUCAGAUGACAAGAAAGACGGAAAGGAGCCUUCUCGUCCGGAAUCUGUCGCUAGUCAUGUCAGCGAAAAGGCAGAGGAGAAAACUGACGUAAAGGAAGCAUCUCGUCCAGAAUCCGUGGCGAGUCACGUAAGCGAGAAGCCAGCCGCUGAGAAGGCUGAAACUCAUGCUUCUCGACCAGAGUCCGUAGCCAGUCAUGUUAGCGAAAAGGAUGCUACUGAAGAACAGACCAAAACAGAGGCAAAGGAAGCAUCGCGGCCUGAAUCAGUCGCUAGUCACGUAAGCGAGAAGAUUUCUUCGGACAAGUCUCCGUUGGUAGACAAGGUUGAAGAAAAGCCUACCGGAAAGGAAGAAUCACGUCCGGAAUCGGUUGCUAGUCAUGUCAGCGAGAAGGCAGCUUCGGACAAAUCUUCGCAUCUAGACAAGCCAGAAGAAUCAUCUCGACCUGCGUCAGCAGCAAGCCAAGCAAGUGAGAAAGCGGCUUCUGAAAAGCCUGAUGAAAAGGAAGCUUCCCGUCCGGAAUCUGUUGUCAGUCAUGUCAGUGAGAAGGCUGCAUCGGAGAAGUCUGCAACGCUGGAGAAGCCAGAAGAAUCUUCUCGACCAACGUCAGCAGCCAGCCAGGCAAGUGAGACAGCACCAUCUGAAAAGCAAGACGCAAAGGAGGCUUCCCGUCCGGAAUCCGCAGCCAGUCAUGUCAGCGAAAAGGCUGCUUCGGAAAAGUCUGCGAUGCUGGAGAAGCCAGAGGAAAAGGAAGCAUCUCGACCGGCUUCAGCGACAAGCCAAGUAAGUGAGAAAGCGACAUCUGAAAAGGACACUCCUGCGGAAAAGACUGACGGAAAGGAAGCUUCCCGUUCGGAAUCUGUUGCCAGUCAUGUAAGCGAGAAGGCUGCUUCUGACAAAGCAGAGGAAAAGCCUGCCAGCAAGGAAGCUUCCCGUCCGGAAUCCGUUGCCAGUCAUGUCAGCGAGAAGGCUGCUUCAGAAAAGUCUGCAACGCUGGAGAAACCAGAAGAAUCUUCUCGUCCUGCGUCAGCAGCCAGCCAGGCAAGUGAGAAAGCGCCAUCUGAGAAGCCAGACGCAAAGGAAGCUUCCCGUCCGGAUUCCGCAGCCAGCCAUGUCAGCGAGAAGGCUGCUUCGGAAAAGUCUAUGACUUUGGACAAACCAGAGGAAAAGGAAGCAUCUCGACCGGCAUCGGCGGCAAGCCACGUUAGCGAGAAGGCUGCAUCUGAAAAGUCUGCAACCCUCGAGAAACCAGACGACAAAGAAUCGUCAAGACCGUCGUCGGCUUUGAGCCAAGCGGACGAAAAGGAAGCAUCCCGACCGGAGUCCGCCGCAAGCCAUGUCAGUGAAAAGGUAACGUCUGAAGGAAAGCCCGAAGACAAGCCAGUGUCUCGACCAGAAUCGAUGGUUGGCGAAACGAAACCUUCGGACAAGGCAGAGGACAAACCAGAUGGCAAGCAAGACGCAAAGGAAGCAUCUAGACCAGAGUCGUCUGCUAGCCACGUCAGCGAGAAGGCUGCUUCGGACAAGACAGAAGAUAAGCAAGACGCGAAGGAAGCUUCUAGACCGGAAUCGGUUGCUAGCCACGUCAGCGAGAAGGCUGCUUCGGACAAGUCCCCGCUGGCGGACAAAGCUGAAGAAACUUCCGCCAGCAAGGAAGCCUCGCGUCCGGAAUCCGUUGCUAGUCAUGUAAGUGAGAAGGCUGCUUCAGAGAAAUCAACACAGCUGGAGAAACCAGAAGAAUCUUCACGACCGGUAUCGGCAGCAAGCCAUGUCAGUGAGAAGGCGGUCUCGGAAAAGGCCGACGCUAAGGAAGCUUCCCGCCCAGAGUCAGUCGCCAGUCAUGUCAGCGAGAAGGAAUCUGCUGAAGUACAGAUCAAAACAGAAGAUAAGGAAACUUCCCGUCCGGCAUCCGUUGCCAGUCACGUCAGCGAGAAGGCUGCUUCAGAAAAGUCAGCAACGCUGGAGAAACCAGACGACAAAGAACCUUCCCGACCGGAAUCGGCGGCAAGCCACGUUAGCGAGAAGGCUGCUUCCGACAAAGCAAAGCCUGACGAAAAGGAAGCUUCUCGACCGGAGUCGGUCGUGAGUCAGGCUAGUGAGAAGGUUUCGGUUGCUGACAAGUCCGAAGAGAAGGUUUCGCGACCAGAAUCGCAGGCUAGCGCAGUUGAUGAGAAGACCGUUGAAAAGACAGUCAGCGAACUUCAAGUAGAUUCUAAGGAUUCUCGUCCAGCAUCGGCCGCUAGCCACACUAGCGACAAGGCGGAACCGGCUUCGGAGAAAAUCCAAGUUGCUUCAUCGGAGAAGGCACCAGAGCAAAAGCCGGAAGCCAAGGAUGACAAACCAUCAGCUGACGACAAGACAUCACAGGAUCGUCCAGCAUCUUCUGCGAGCCACGUCAGUGACAAGGAAUCGGAAAAGGAAACUGCUCGCAAGGAAUCAAUCAUCAGCGAGAAGGAAGCGUCUCGUCCAACAUCCGUCGCGAGUCACGUUAGUGAGAAGGAUGCCGCUGUCAAGGUGGAGUCCGAAAAGGAAGCAUCGAGACCGGCUUCUUCGGCGAGCCAUGUAAGCGAGAAAGAGGACGCCAAGGUUCCGUCUCGACCAGAAUCAACUGCCAGCCACGUCAGCGAGACUACGGACAAGAAGGUGAACGAAAAAGAACCAUCGCGACCCGAGUCGGCUGCAAGCCAUGCACCAUCGGACAAGUCUCCAGCCAAGGAUUUGAAAGUGGACGAAAAGAUUGCUUCGCGACCGGAAUCGGCUGCCGAGUCCGUCGUAAGUGACAAGACGUCCGAGGUGAAGCCCACUGCCGACGGAGACUUUUCGCGUCCGGAGUCGCCAGCUAGCUGCUCCAGCGAUAAGAUCGUCGCUCCAUCGAAGGAGCCGGAAUCCGGCUUUUUCGAGAAGGAUUUGGCUCGUCGUGACUCCAACGAUAGCUUCCACGGAGAGCCGAUCCCAGACGAGAAGACGUUCUCGCGGCCAGAAUCGCCCGACAGUUGCGCAGAAGACAAGAAGGAGCAGAUUGUCGAGACAAAGCCGGAAACUGUUACGAAAGUGGAAGAGAAGAUCACAGCUUCAGAACAGAAGGUCGAAACCAAGGAAGCCAUCCAGGAAGUUAAGAAGGAACAAAUCACGGAAUCGAAGCAGGCAACCACUUCAGAACAGAAGGAUGUCUCCGUCGAGGAGAAAGACUUCUCCCGACCGGACUCUCCAGCAAGCUGCGGAGACGAGAAGGAGCUGACGUCGAAGGCGCCAGAGUCCAGCGUUCCGGAAAAGGAUCUCGCACGGCCGGAUUCGGCCGCAAGCUACCAUGGUGAGCCGAUUCCCGGGGAGAAGCAGUUUUCACGACCAGAAUCGCCGGCCAGCUGCACCGAAGAUGAACCCGCUGAAGCGGAGAAGGUUUCGCGACCAGAGUCCGCGGUAAGUCACGUCAGCGAGAAGGACUCCAAGUCACAAGAUGAAUCUAAAGAUGUAAAGGCGGAAUCUAGACCGGAAUCAGUUGCUAGUCACGUCAGCGAGAAGGACUCUAAGUCACCAGCGCCAGUAGAGGCCAAAGAGGUGAAAGAAGCUUCUCGACCAGAGUCCGUUGUUAGUCAUGUAAGCGAGAAGGAUACCAAGCCACAAGAAGAAUCUAAGGAUACAAAGGAAUCUCGACCGGAAUCAGUUGCUAGUCAUGUAAGUGAGAAGGAUUCCAAGUCACCAGCGCCAGUAGAAUCCAAAGAAGUGAAGGAUGCGUCUCGUCCGGAAUCCGUUGCUAGUCAUGUAAGUGAAAAGGAUUCAAAGUCAUCAGCACAAGACGAUACUAAAGAUACAAAGGCGCAAUCUCGACCGGAAUCAGCUGCUAGUCAUGUCAGCGAGAAGGACUCUAAGUCACCAGCUGAUAAGCCAAAGUCGGAGGAAUCUCGCCCGGAAUCUGCCAUAAGCCACGUGUCGGAGAAAUCGGUGGAUCAAUCCCGUCGCGAGUCCGCAGCUUUGAGCGACCACGAAGACGAAGCGGAGAAGGUCGUCAUGAAGGAAACUCGCUCCAAGUCACUGUCGGCGGUGAUGGCUACGACGACGCAGCGAAGCGGAUUCGAGGGCAGUGCUCUGGGAGUGCUGGAGGAGACCAUGGUGACUUCGCGGGAUGAUUUGCACGUGCUGAAGACGCCACGCGAGAGCAUCACCAAGAUCGAGCCACUGAGUGAGAAGAUUGAGUCGAAGGCUGGAAUGUCUCUGUUUGGUGCGGAGCAGUUUCCGGCUGAUGGCAAGAAGGAAACGAAUGGAUUCCCGGUUGUAGGAUUGGAGCACGAGAGCCCGGAUGAGACUGAUUCGAUCAUUCCUGGGGUAGAUGUGCUGCUGAAGGAAACCGUCAGCUCGAUGAAGGAAAUUGAGAAAAUGUCUACGAGUGUGAUUUCGAUGAUUAAGACUUCCGAGAAGAAGGACGAAACGGUGAAGAUUGAGGAGAAGAGUGCUUCGACGUUGUCGUUCCCGCUGCUGGACAGUGGCAAGUCUACUCCGAUGUCAACGGACAAGGACAAGUCGCAAGCUUCGAGCAUCAAGUCUGUGAGUCCACACGAGAAGGACUCGCUGGAUGGCAGUUCGGCUUCGCUGAACACGUUCAUCGAGAAGGACAGUCUUUCGGAGAGCACAACCAAGCAUGUAACGAUCAAGAUGAGCACCGUUGAGGAGAUUGGGUGUACGACUGUUACCACGGGUAGCAAGGCGGAAGGUUCGGAGUUGCUGGGAGGUGCCAAGACUCCACCGACGGCACCGAUCAGCCCGAACGUGGUGCGUGAGGAUUUCAGCUUGGGACACCAGUUAGAGAGUAGCAGCACUAGCACCACGACCACGAUCACAUCAUCCAGCCAGCAGCAGCUUGUCGGUGGUAGCAAGCAGCAGAAGGAAGAUGUGUCUGGUAUUUCAACACCUAAAGAAUCUGUACCAUCUGGUAAAAGCAGCCCAGGGCUAAUGUCAGUUCACACGGGUAGUACAGAUAGUGCGUCCAAGUCCAUCAACCUCGGACACAGUUCAGGUAUUGAAACAUCAGAGUCAUCUCCGAAGCCAACGUCGCCCUUCCCGAAGGUGGUGGACACGUUGAAAACGGACGAAGUCAAGACCAGCUCCGGCAUGAGCACCCCGGACAUGACCCGUACCUCAACACCGGACAUGGUCGACUCGCAGAUUGAACGUGUUCCCGAGGACAAGGCUGGCGGCGGCGAGUCGGUGACCACCACGACGACGACCACCACAACCAAGCGGUACAUUGUCAAGGACGGAGAAAAGAUCGAGGUGGGAAGCACGGUCAAAACGGAGGUCGCCACCGACACCAAGAAGGACGAUGCUAGUGAAUCCAUGUCGACCUCGAGCGUUACGACCAUCACCACCGGCAAGCCGACAAAGGAAGUGGUCAAGACACCUGGAAUUCUAACGCUGUCCUCCACGGAAGAUCGCAGCUUUGCCGAAGAUUUCGACGAGAAGGAAGCAAUGUCACCGAGGUCGGACAUUUCGUCUGGACAAGCGUCACGGAUCGUAGCAGGCUGGCACGAUGAGGACGUUCCCGGAUCUCCAAUGAGCGUGACUUCGCAGGCACCAUUAUCUCCAAGCACCAAGUACACAUACGACUACGAUCUGCAGCACUCGAGCUCGGGUGUGAGCAAGAAGUCCGACAUCGAGAUCGAUGACAGUCAGGACGAGAUUCCUCCCCAGUACGGCAGUGACGAGGUCAAAUCAGCCAUCACGAUCGCGUCCGCGUACAAGCCCGAUCCGAUGAGUACCUCGUUCUACGGCCAGCUACCGGACAUCUCCGACUCGACCCCAGUUGGAAUCACCGCAAGCAAGUCCGUUCCGAUUCCGAUCUCCGCUCCUGGAAAGGCUGCCUUCGCCAAGACCUACAUGGAGUACGCAUCGAGCGGCGAAAGCAGCGUCGACUCCAGCCACCAGCACCACAAGACGAUCUCCAGCGAUCGCAAGUACCUGGACGAAGCCGACAUGGACUUUGAGAAGACGUUCGCCAAGGCCGACCUCAUGACCACGUCGAUGCACUUCUCGAGCGAGAAGGAGUUCAUGGCCGCGACGACCAUCGCCGACAGCAGCAAGAAGGAGCUGGACUUUACCGCCAGCGGACUUCCGUCGACGGCGACCACGUCGACCACAGCACAAAGCACAACACAACAGUCCAGCAGCAGCAGCAGCAGCACCAGCGCGAGUACAACGGUGACAACAUCGACCACCGCGUCGUCUUCAACCAGCCAACCGCAAGAUCCGCUCGCGUCCUGGGGCAAACCACUCGGGCUGCCGUCGCCGGCUCCGCUGAACGACGACAACAAGACCACCCCCAAGAAGGAACGCCGCACGCUCAUCAGCAAGACGAAACUCAACAACGAAAAGAACCUGCGCAAGCGGUCCGAGUCGCCGAUCAAGGGCGCCAAGAAGACGCCGACGGCGCCGGUCUACGUGGACCUGUCGUACGUGCCGCACCACGGCAACUCGUACUACGCCAACGUGGAGUUCUUCAAGCGGGUGCGGGCCCGCUACUACGUGUUCUCCGGCACGGAGCCCAGCCGCGAGGUGUACAACGCCCUGCUCGAGGCGAAGCAAACGUGGGAAGAUAAAGAUUUAGAGGUAACUAUCAUUCCAACGUACGACACCGACGUGCUCGGCUACUGGGUGUCGGAGAACGAGGACCUGCUGGCCAAGUACCACAUCGACCUGUCGCCGUCGGCGGCCCGCUGUACGAUCAACCUGCAGGACCACGAGACGUCGUGUUCGGCCUACCGGCUCGAGUUCUAGGCGACGGGGAUCUUUGUAGCGUUCUCGAAUGACAUCCACUCGGUUCACACACAAGAGUCGACGUCCGCGUCCCCGAGAGCUUCUUCGACGGCGGCCGAAGCCGCUAGCGAAGAAGCCCUGCUGUCCUAAGCUCCCGCCCUCUUUCUCCAACAAUAGCUCCCCAAAAACCAUUUUGUGGUGUUAUGUUUUAGAGUGUGUGCGUGUAUACAUUUAGGGAUCCCUAGGAUCUCUAGGAUAUAGCGGCAGGACUCUCUCUGGUAGCUGGAGAGAGUAGAAUUUCGAAUUUCCUAACCAAACCAAAUCAAACUUUAUGCAAGAGAACAAAUAGGUUACAAAGUGAAACUUUACACACACCCAUUUUGUUCCAACGUAAAAUAAAAACACACACACGCAGAACAGAACACAUAGAUCUAGUAGUUAGUUACUAUUAUUACUAUUAUGAUUAUAUUGAAUAUUAUCAUUGUGACAACACUAGCCUAAAUAACAGACAACAAAAGGACAACUACAAAAGAAAAACCUUAGGAGAAGACAAUGAAAAUGAGCUUAACGAACAUUCAACUACACACACACUUUGUAGAAAACUAACUACAGAAACAAAUAGUGCAAGAUCUCUACGAACUGACAGUUCUCUGUUUCAAACGUCAAAAAAGAAAAAAAAAACCAAUAAGCCAAACAUCCCAAAACUAGUCGAAAACGACACAAUUCAACAAAUCUCUAGCGAUUUUUUAAAACCUGACAGCAGGCAGGACACACCUAGAAGAAGCAAAGGUAGAUAGCGUUGUGAUAUUGUUUUUGUUCAAACAAACCCCAAAACAAACAACAACAAAGCUACGGUUUCCAGAAAAACGAUCAAUUUCUACCCAACUUUGGGUACUCUUUCAGUGGAAGAACAAACGUCGGUAAACACAAAAUUAAGCAAUUAAAAAAGUUUUUCAUUGUAUACGUUAUCCGUUCCAAACCACACUUCCGAAAAAAGGGCACUUCCGGGAUCCUCCGAUGCCGCGAGCACGGAACCGUAGCUAUUAUCGUGGAACCGUGUUUACCGAACUUGAUUUGUCUAGAGCAAAAAUGUUAAUUAAACUGUAGCGAAAAACGAGAAACGAAGUUCCGAUCUCGGCGUGAUCCGCCCUAAGCAGGCGGGGAAAAGCACCCAAAAUUUCCAGCAAACUUCCGUCUAAAGUAUUUUUUUCAAAUACAUACAACCACACACACACACACAUGCACACGCCAUAUUUUAGAAAUGCACUUUACCAUUUUGACAUGUGUGAGAGAGCUAAAAAGAAUAAUGAAAAAAACCGAGAAACCGACGCCAUUUUGGAUAAAUGUUUACACCGUAAUCAAUAAAAUAUAGAGGAAAUAAAAAACUUUGAUAAAACGAAAAUGCUUAUUCAACAAGAAACGCAAAUUUUGGGUGGCUUUUCGAUGGUUUACACGCAGAAAGGAAUCUGCUCGCAGAAACGUGAACAUCGCUUUAAAAAUCGUGAACAACGUUCAUGAACUACGUUUAUGUUCAUGAAAGUUGUUUACAUUGUUCACAAUUUUAUGCAUUGUUCACAAUUUUGAAUUUUGUUCACGAUUUUGAACAUUUUAGACAGUUUUGAGCAUUGCUCACAAUUUUGAGCAUUGUUCACAAUUUUGACAUUUUUUGACUAGUUUGAACAUUGUUCAUGAUUUUGAACAAUGUUCAUAACUUUGAGCGUUAUUCAUGAUUUUUAGCAUUGUUCACAAUUUUUAACGUUGUUCAUGAUUUUUGACAAAGUUCACAAUUAUGAACGUUGUUCAUAAUUUUGAACAUUGAUCACAACUUUGAACGUUGUUCAUGUUUUUGUACAAAGUUACCAAUUUUGAAUGUUGUUCAUGAUUUUGAACAUUGUUCACAACUUUUAACAUUGUUUACAAUUUUGAACAUUGUUCAUGCUUUUGAAUAUUAUUCACAUUUUUGAACGUUGUUCACAACAUGGAACGUUGUUCAUGAUUUUGAGCAUUGUUCACAUUUUUGAAUUUCACAACAUGGAACGUUGUUCACGAUUUUGAGCAUUGUUCACAAUUUUGAACGUUGUUCAUAAUUAUGAACAUUGUUCAAGAUUUUGUGCAAGUUCAAUGUACAUGGUUUUGAAUAUUGUUCCCAAUUUAAUUUAGAACGUUUUUCAUGAUUUUGAACAUUGUUCAGGAUUUUAAAUGGUGUUCAUGAUUUUAAACAUUUUUUUCGAUUUUGAACGUUGUUCGUGACUUUGAACAUUGUUCACGAUUUUGAAUGCUGUUCAUGAUUUUGAGCAUUUUUGCGAUUUUAAACAUUGUUCGCGGUUUUAAACAUUGUCUUUUGAACAUUGUUCAUGAUUUUGAACAUUUUCAUCAAUUUCGAACAUUGUUCACAACUUUGCACGCUGUUCACGAUUUUGAACAUUAUUGACGUUUCUACGAACAGAUUUUUAUUUCCGCGUGAAGGGCGGAUUUUCCAGCACGAAAUCGGAACUGGCGUGAGUUUGAAGGAAAAAAUGUGACAUUAUUAUCAAAUUAAAGUUGAAACGACAGCAUAAGAAACACACACACACAAGUGAGGAAUAUAUUUACGAUUGUUAAGUCUAUUGAAAUGUUGGCCACUUAAACGAGCCGGAGUAAUGACAGGCAAGGCAAGAUCGUAUAUUUUUAUAUACAAAAAAAAAGUGAUGAAGACAACACAAAUGAUACAGGCAAAAUCGGCUCGAGAUAAGCUUGAUGAGGCGAAGCUGGCACCUUGAAAGUUGAAUGAUGAUGGUUAUUGAAUCUCUUAACUCUAACAAAAUAACAAAAAUAAAAUCACUAAUAUUCUGAAGUAAAAAGUUUAUGACGCGAAUAAAACACAUUUGUUAAAGCAAACCCCAAGCAUUAUUUCCUUCCCGUGCAAGAGAAGAAUUUUCUUGCACCUCCAAGUUUCCAGGUCUACAUAACCUAACUUUACCCUAAACUAGCCUAAUGUAAAUUCAGUCCAAAACUUAUUUCUACUUUACACAACACACACAAUCUGCCUGAUUUGAAGUCAGUUCAUCCCCACAUGCUUAUUAAACGAAACAAGUGAAGAUCAAGUUAUACUCGAACAAAUAUUACAUUUAAACACGCAGUUGAUUGAUACUAAAGCAAACAAAAAAAAAAACUUAGAAAGUAACAAAAAAAACUUAGUGAUGUUUAUGCCAGCUAAAAAAAAAAAAACAAAUAAAAUGUUAAGUAUAAGAACAAAAUCAUCCGACAACAGCAACACCUUCACGAAAAAAAGGAAAACAAAACAGAAGAGAAUAAUGUCAGCGAGCCACUGGAAGGGAAAACGAUUGGCGAUUUUUUAUAUGCGAUUUUAAGCUUUUAUAGUAGUGUGAUGACCACAAAAAAGACAGAAUCUUUCAGAAUGCAAACAAUAACAAAAAAACAUAAAUGCAGUUCUUAGUUAGUGUUAUUCAAAAAGUAAACAAAUCAAAACAAUCGCUUUAAUUUGAAUAUAUUUCUUUCAAGCUUCAAAUUGAACCUUUUCGUUAAGAAAAAAUAAAUAAAUAAAACUGCUUCUGUUUCACUUCCGGUACGGAAACGACAAAGAAAAGAACGCUAAAAACGCUUGCUUGUUGUGGCGAAAAUUGCAAGAAAAAAAUCGAAUCGAAACUAAAACGGCGUGCCCUCCGAGCACGGUGCUACGGAAAGAGGGGGCAACGAGAAAGUCGUGCCGGCGAUGCCUUUCAGCUAAUAGGAACACUAAAAGGAACUAAAAGUAUGUGAUGGAAACAAGAGAAACCAAAUAAUCAGUGCGAAACUAAACGAGGAGGAUAAUUCAAAGGCUUAAAAAACGUGCGAGCGCGCGAGAGAGAGACUUUUUGGAUGUGAUUUUAUAUUUAUUUAUUGUGUUAGUAACUAUUUAAUUACGCAAACGUGGAUGGAUGUGCAGCCGGUGUAGUGAGGAAAAAUGUUGUUCUCAGUUUGCAAACAAGUACGCAAUAAGUUGAACUUUUUCCUUGGUUUACGAAAAGAUUGAACAGAGAAGACUAAGCUAAAAUACAAGAAAUGAUAUUAGAGUUAAUGAAAAGGAAACUUUUUUGAGGAAAAAAAAUAAUACCGACACAUUGCAUGUACUAAGCUCGAAAGCAGAACAAAAAAAAACAAAAAUAAUUCAACAGACGUAAUGUGACCUAUAAUUAUAAAAAGCAAACAAAAAAAAAAGUACGUGGAAUAAAUAAACUCUAUUUUAGAUUUAUCUAGUCAGUUGAUUGAAUGUUUCGCCAGUUCAAAAUUCCUUUAUCAAGCAAGAGCAAAAGAAAAGAAAAAACUCAACCCCGCAUCACACAGCAAGAAAACAAACGCAUUCCCUAGCAUAAGAAAACCAGCAAAGUAAAACAACUCUGAAGUAAAAUUUAAUACUAGCAACAAUCCUUUCGACACAACAUUAACGGUCAAAGAACGUCUUUCCUGUUUGAUCUUGGCUUUUAGAGGGCAGAAUGAAAAAAAAAACAUAGAAAACAGCGCAGCAUCAAGAUUCGAAAGAAAAUUCGUCAAAGAAAACAAGAGAUAUGAAAAAAAGAAACAUCUGAAAUAAAAUCUGCACAACACAAAACUUAAAUUUUUACCACUUGAAAAACACACACACUUCUAAAUGCACCAGGAAUCAAUAGUAAGCGAAAAAAAAACAAAACAACAAAAAAAAACAUUGCCACGUACCAUUCUGCAGUGUAUGUCUAGCAUGUGUAUGGUCAUCCACAAUUCCAGCAAGAUAAAAUGAAAACAACAAACAAACAAAAACAAAAAAAA